AUGACUUUGCCUGGUGAUUCUCUUCAAAAAGAACUUGUGGAAGCUACUCAAGAUUUACAUUUGGAACCUCAAUUUAAAGAUAUUACUGCAUUUUUAGAUGAGGUUACGGAUGAAUUUCAAAUUGGUCAACUUGUUCAUCUUGAAUCAUUUGGUCUUUAUGAUGCGAUGAGUUCGAUUGAGAUUAUGGAUCCCAAAAUGGAUAGUGGAAUGAUUUUAGAUAGUGAUUUAAAUAAAAGACCAUUUGAUAUAAAAACCCUUAUAAGACCUGAACAAGUUCUUUGGGUUAUGGAUCGAUUAUUUAUAUGUGAGAUGUCAUGGCAUUCUGGACAUUCCCUCUCACAGACAUUAUUUACUUGCAUGUACCUUCUUCGUGCAAUGGAACUUGAACCUGAAUUAUUUUCAAACAAUUCUAGUGAUGACAUUAACCAAAAUUCAAUUCCUAUCGAAUUUGUUAUAUUAAUUCUAAAAUCGUAUGUUUUGGGUAUUGCAAAAUGUUGUCAAUUGGUUUGGGAUGAAAUGACAAAAGGACAUGUAUAUGAAGAAGAAGAUUUUGCGACAAAUAAAUAUGGUAUCUCAAUAUAUGAAGAUUUUCCCAACUCCCAAGCACUAAAAUUACUAGAUGAUGCAGAAACCUGGUUGGUUCAGCAUGGUAGUAAUUGGAUUCGACAGACCGGUAUUCAUUAG